CCUCCCCCUCCUCCUCCUCCUCCCCUCCUCCUCCACCUUCUCCUCCUCCUCCUCCCCGCCGCCCUGCCUGCCCGCCCGCCUCCCCGCCCCUCGCACUCGGCUCCCCGCUCCUCGCCGCCCGCACAGCCGGGGCCGGAGCGCCGGGCGCAGCCGGGGCCGGGCGGGGCGGGGCGGGGGCCGGGGCCGGUGGCGGUGCCGGUACCGGAGCUGUCCAGUGCUGAGGGCGCCGGCCCGGCCCCGCCAUGCCCCGCUCCUUCCUGGUGAAGAAGCUGAAGGCGGAGGCGUUCCCGGCCGCCGGGGCCCCCGCGCCCCCCUACGCCCCCCUGGAGCCCCCCUACGCGCUGCCCGGCCCCGCCGCCGGCGACGGGUACCUCCAGCACUGCCUGGCACCCGCCAGCUAUGACACUGACAAGAAGCAGGGUCUGCCGCCACCGCCACCGGACCCAGCCUACACCCCCAGCCAUGAGGAGUACAGCGACCCCGAGAGCCCCCAGUCCAGCUUUUCCGCCCGCUACUUCAAUGGGGAGGCAGCGGUGACAGACAGCUACUCCAUGGAUGCCUUCUUCAUCACCGAUGGGCGGUCGCGCCGGCGCAGCGAGAGCCAGCGCCGUGGCAGCCACCGGCACUCCUGCCCCGAGUGCGGCAAGACCUACGCCACCUCCUCCAACCUCAGCCGGCACAAGCAAACCCACCGCAGCCUGGACAGCAAGAUGGCGAGAAAAUGCCCCACCUGCGGCAAGGCUUACGUCUCCAUGCCCGCCCUGGCCAUGCAUGUCCUCACCCACAACCUCAAGCACAAGUGCGACGUGUGCGGCAAAGCCUUCAGCCGGCCCUGGCUGCUACAGGGCCACAUGCGCUCGCACACGGGGGAGAAGCCCUUCGGCUGCUCCCACUGUGGCAAAGCCUUCGCCGACCGCUCCAACCUGCGCGCCCACAUGCAGACCCACUCCGCCUUCAAGCACUACAAGUGCAAGCAGUGUGAGAAGACCUUCGCCCUCAAGUCGUACCUCAACAAGCACUACGAGUCCGCCUGCUUUAAGGGCUCCGAACACAGCUGUGCAAUAGGGAACUAGCCCCCCAGCCCCUGUGGCGCAUCCUCAUCCUCAUGCCCCACCCCCAUUGCCAUCCCCGUUCCCAUUGCCAUCCCUGUCCCCACUGCCAUCCCCGUUCCCAUUGCCAUCCCUGUCCCCAUCCCCAUCCCCAUCCCUAUCCCCAUCCUGGUCCUCACUCCAGCUCUCCUGCAGCUGCAGCGGCCGGUCUGUGGCUGCACAGUGGCUGGAGGACACAUCCCUGCAGACUCACUCCCCAGCUGGGAGGAGGGUGCCCAGCGCUCCCCAGGAAGGGACAGACCCAGUGCAGCCCACGGGUCCCCGAGCCCCCCGCAGCCAGGCAGGUCUCUCUGCGGGGGAAUUACCCGGGAACCUCUUCCAGACCCAGGAGAGACUUUCCUACCCCGGCUUGUGACUUUCACCUCUAUUUAUUUAAUUUAUUACAAUUAUUUAUUUAGAUCUGCUGCUUCUCCUCCCAGGGGACCCCAGGGUAGAAAAGACACUUUUCUGCUCCCCCCAGGAGCAAAACCUCACCUUGACCCUAACACUGAUGGGACCAUGGGCUGGUGCUACCAGCAGCUCAGCGGAACCGACGGAUGGUACGGCUGACAGGAGGACAGGGCUUUCAGUCACCCAUGGAGGCUGGGGUCCCUGCAGCCUACCCCCCAAGCCCUGGGGCACCUCGAUGUCCCCCUGCCUGGCAACAGUCCCAUGGGACAUGGGCCCAUGGCACUGCAGCUCCGCAGCCCUGGCGUCAGGGAAAGAGUGAGGGGCUCCCAGCACAGACCCAUGGACAUGUACCCUGCUGGCUCCUGGCUCCCAGCUUUGCCAGGCACAACAGGCCCCCGCCACAGUGAUGGGCAGGGGAACAGCCCCCCCAGGCAGAUGCGGCUGCCCCUACCAUGCAUGCAAAGGGCCAGGCUGAUGGCUGGGCUGAAGACCCAGCCCUGGGGCAGCACCAAACCCCCAACUGCCCCCCAUGCACCCCCAGGCUCUGCCUGGACCCCUCCCCAGCGAGCUCCUAGCCCCCCUGCCAUCGCCCCCACCUGCACUCAGGAGGAGGGGUCAGUGUAGCCGUAAAGUUCAGGUGAGUCUAUUUAAACGUUCUUAUUUAUAUUAUUUAUAACUUAUGCUUUUCACUAUUUAUUUGCCAAGACUGGCAGGGCCGUGCCAGCACUGGCUUGCGGGAGGUGGCCGAGCUGCAGCAGAGCCGCCGUGCCCAGGACACAGCCACAGUGACACGGACGGGGACAGGACCCCACAAGCAGUCUGUGUAGUGGGUACAGAGGCGGGAGGGCACGAGCUGGCCCAGCAGCCCAGCUCCGCGCCCUGCAAGCCUCCCCCAAAGGCAAAGCCCUUCUUCUUCGUCUUCCUCGCUGCCACAGGCUCCUGCUCUGCUCCCUGCCCCACACUAGCCUGGUGGGGACUAACCAGCCAUUCUAUGCAACCUCCCGGUGCUGCACCCCCGCACCGGCCCCGGAGCAAGCACCACGUGUGCAGCGUCCAGGAGCAGGGCCCGAUCCACGCCUCUGCUUCCUACCUCGGCCACGAGCUGCCAUGGCCCCAUCACCCCAUGCCGGUCCCCAACACCUUUGGGGUUCAGCCCGGCACCCCACGGGGGGCACUCGUGUACCCCACACCGUCUUCCUGCGCCGUCUUCCUCCCUGUGCCGUCUUCCUCCCACUGCCUCGGUGCCCGUGUUGUCACGGUCACAUUUUGCAGGCUCAGCACCUCCCAGGGACACCCCUGGCACGGUCCUCGCUGCCACAGCAUGGUGGCCAUGCACCCACAUCCCACGCAGGGGAAGAGCAUCGCCCUGGCCACACAGGCACCCACCAGCACGGAUGCAGCCUGACUUUCCCCAUGAUGCCAGGACCUUUCUGCGGCAGCACCACGUCCCUUGGCUGGGCAGGCACAGGGCACCAUGCCUCUGCCCCUGCCUAUACUGUAAAUAGCAGAUAUGACAGCAAUAAUUUUACAUGCAUGAUAGAUUUUUUUCUGCCAGGUUUUGUACUUGACAGCCCCCAGUAAGACAAGUCUACUGAGAACUGGCCACCCGCAGUAUUACUUGUAAUGCAAUUCAGGGAUAUAAAAGGGAUUUCUGCCACUAA